AUGAGUGAGGAUAGCGGAGACGUGUACUGCUCCAAGGAGCAAACUGCCAAAGUGUUUCAACGGCUGACCGCGAAACAGGAAAAUCGGGCGUGUUUCGACUGUGGGAACAAGAACCCUACGUGGACUUCGGUUCCAUUCGGUGUGUUGCUGUGUAUUCAGUGCUCUGCCGUGCACCGGAAUAUGGGCGUGCACAUCACGUUUGUGAAAUCAUCGAAUUUGGACAAAUGGACCCUGAACAAUUUGAGACGGUUCAAGGUGGGUGGGAACGCGAAAGCCCGCGAGUUCUUUAUGAAAAACAAUGGUAAACAGUUUCUGGGUAGCAACGUAGAUGCGCGUAUGAAGUAUACCAGUGCCGUAGCGAAAAACUAUAAGUCGCAUCUGGACAAAAAAGUGAUUCAUGACGCGGAACAGUAUCCGGGCGAGAUCGUGCUUGCAGCGGAAUCCGAGGCGCUCGAUUCCUCAGGUUCCUCGCCGAUAGGUUCGUCCGCAAAUAACAGUGUUGACGAUUUCUUCUCUAACUGGGAAAAACCGGCAACGGCUACGCCGUCACCUAAAGUGUUGACGCCUGCUAACACGGGAAGUGCAAGAUCCAGUGCCAAACCUUCGAUUUUGGCCGCGGGCAGCUCCAAGCGGCGUGUGGGAACGGCUGCCGGCUCAACGGGCGCGGGCGCGGGCGCGGCGAAAUCCCACUCGAUUUUGUCUUCGAGUCGAAGAACUGCUCGUUCCAAUGCCAAGAAAGUGGACAAAGCAGAUGCGCAGGACAUGUUUGACGAGUUCGAAAAAGCGGCCAAAGAAGAGCGUGAGGAGAAAUACAUUUCGUCGACGCAAAAAGUAGCAUCCAAGACCUACGAACAACAGGCGCCGCUUGCGCUCGGGUCUGUGAACAAGAGCGCGAGUACUGAGUUUGACGAUGGAGUCGCGUUCGACCAGAUCAAAGCGGAUUCCCUCGCGGCGUCUGUCGAAUCGGUACAGCCCAAACUGGCCAAACUCGGGUUCGGUAUGACCAUGAACGAUGCCAACAAGCUUGCGCAAGAGGCAAAAGAAAGCAAACGCGCCGCAUCAGGGCCCAAGUACACGGGUCAAGUUGCUGCCAAAUACGGGUCUCAGAAGGCGAUCUCUUCAGACCAGUUUUUCGGGCUCGGUAAUUACGACGCAGAAGCGUCUCGACAGGCGCAAGACAAGUUGAAAUCCAAUUUUAGCAAUGCGACUUCGAUUUCUUCAUCUUCUUACUUUGGCAACGACGAAGAACAACACCUAGACGAGUUCGGACGUCCCGUGAUGCCGCAACAACAUGGGGCAGGAUUUGUAGACUUCAACGGCAGCGCCGACGACGAGUUCCAAGUGCUUCGGGACACCGUGGAACAGGGCGCACAGAAACUGGGCAAUUAUCUGCGGGACUACCUGAGAAACUGA